CAGAGCUGUCGGAGGUGCUGUGGACCAUGGUGAUGCGGAACGGUUUCCUGCUGCAUGUCUACGCGGGUGGGGUGCUGCUGGUGCCCGUCUUUGCCUUCUUCGCCGUGCUGACGGUGGCCAUCCUGCUGGUGAUGGAGGGGCUGUCGGCUUUCCUGCACGCCCUGCGCCUGCACUGGGUGGAAUUCCAGAACAAGUUCUACGUGGGCGCCGGGUACAAGCUGAGCCCCUUUGCCUUCCCCCCCGACAGCUGGGAGUAGGGCCAGCUCGGCACCAGGUGCCCCCCGCCACCCUCACCUCAAGGGGAUGGUGCCCCCUCCCGCCCUGUCCUGGGGCAGGGGGCUCCCUGUGGGUUUGCACCUUCUACCCUGGCUGCUGCCCCCCGCCCCCCUAAGCCUGGCGCUGUUUCCCCUCCCCUGCCCCUCCCCUCCCCUUUGGUCUGGUGCUGUCAUCUGCUGCCUGCCGGAGCCUGGUGCUCCCUGCCUGGGCACAGAUUACGUCUGUCCUGGCUUUUGUACGAUUAAAGAGUGAAACUGU